CCAUAAAGAAUUACGCUCCUGAUGUAGGCCUUUUGUAGUGAACUGGCCCUGUCCUGUCGCACCCAAAAAAAGGACGAUCAGGAUGACGAAAUGGACUGCAUAGGACUAGGACUAGGAGUCUGAUAAGAAUAAGAUGGUGGCAGGCCAAGGAGGGUUUGGGUACUAGCUAUGGCAAAUGAAGGAGAAUGAAAUGGCGUCAUUUUUACAUGUAGCCUAAUAUGCCGUACAUUUAGGUUGUGCCGACAAGGAAUUCCAAUCUAGCCACUUAUGAUGACGCUUUAAUAAAGGGCUUAGGCCAGGCAAUACGGGAGCUUGAAUUAAGUUAAUGAGAUACACUCAACAUCUGGUCUCUUAUAAUAUUCCUGCUGAUAAAUACAGGGAGAGACAACCACCUGUUUGCGAUCUUCCUCCACUGUUCUAAUUAAUAAUGGAUGUAUAGAACCCCAUAUGAAAUUAGUACAGCUUUGAAAUAGUUUUUGGUCUGUUAUGGCUGUCUGGUUGGGUGAAAUCUAGGUUUAGACUUAUCUGAAUAUGUUUUGGAUGAAGUUGCUGCGUCCUUUGAGUAAGGUUUUUGUGCAUUGGCGAUUGUUUUAUUAUGGAGUCCUUUCCUUUGUCUUACCUGGAUCAUUUAUAUAUUGUUAAAAUACUGGAGGUAUUUGUGGGCCUCGUAUGCAAGUUCCCGGUAUGUGACGAUGACAUGACGUAGCCUACAUGUAUUUGGAUCAACCUGUCUGGAUUAUUACCGGAAUUCUUGCCCAUCUCUUCGAUUGAAUCUGACAUAUUUGUAUUUUGUAUCAUGGAAAUGAUUGAAUUGCUGGAAUUUGGACGCAUCGUGCCAGAGAUUGUCGCUGGCCUUCGAGAGGCAUCUCCAGCCACCAUGAAUCCAUCCACCUUGCAUCCUGAACAAACCCAUUGGAACCAAAGCCUGAGAGACCUCGACACUAUCAGAAAGCAUCAUAGCGAUCCCGGUCAAGAUGAGACCGAGAGUGGUUUUAUUGGAAUCACAAGGAGACACUGGCAACCCAAUAACUCCAGGACGGCAUGCGCCAACAAAAGUUGCGGGAAGAAAUUUACGUUCACAGACAGGCAGUUCCACUGCUGGAGUUGUGGCGACAUUUUCUGCAAGCCUUGCACCGAGUUUAGGCGGAAGUUGAACAAUCUUGCCAAAUUUGAUCCACAGGGAAAGUCUUAUAAUGUCUGUGAAGCGUGUUUUGAGACCGGACGAAAGCAAACUUUGGGACAGACGAGGAAUCUUGGGGGAGUGUUCAAAUUCAUCAAAGAUAACAACAGACAGCUGCAGACGAUGCUUGUCGACAAUGGCCGCUACUUACACAGAGAGAAUUUCAACAUCGACAAAGAAAUUAAACGAGUUAUCGCAGGAUUCAAAAGAGACAUUGGCACCUCCGGUAUCAAGAAAUUAUUCCAUGAAUUCCGAAGUUUAACGUCUCCUCCGGAUUGGAUGAGAGCAGCCCGUUACCAAGUCGCGAAAUAUGUCAACACCUGCUUCAGCUGCAAUAGCGAGUUUGGAAUAUUACGGAAAUCGUACGAUUGUGUUUUAUGCGGUGAACUGUAUUGUGGAAAAUGUUCGACGUGUGACUUUCUUGUCUAUAUUGAUGAUGAAGAGAAAUCAAAGCCGGAUGCUGAGCCGCAAGUUGCCAUUAUCAAAAUUGUUGGGUCCCCUGAAAAAGAACCCGACAUUAGCAUUGAUCUCCGAAUAUGCUCCGCAUGCCAAAAUGUGAUGAUAAAGAAACAAGUGGAGGUAUAUCAGAGUAAGCGCCUCCUAUCAGCCAUGGACGACACUUGGAUGGAUAUCAACGCCAUCUAUGAGAGUACUGCAAAACGGAAGAGGAAGAUAGAAGAGUACUUGCCGAAGUAUCAAGAUCUAGUUGGAUCUUUUGAAGAUGCCACCCUAGGACCCAAAGCUGGGAAAGACAAUAGAAGCACGAUUCAGAUGCUGGCAAAGGCCCAGGAAGACCUCUCGGACCAUUUUACCCAACUGAUUAUGGUCAGCAAUGAACUGAAGCGCCUGAAGCCCACCACUGAAGGACAGAAGACAAUACUCAAAAACCUUACCCUGGAUGUUAUUAACUACUAUCAUGAAAACAUGUUCAUUUUCCGAGAAUCGAAAAAGAAGUUGGAGUCCUUUACUCCACUUGAAGUGCUUGUUGCUAUUCAAGAAAUUGUGGAGAAAAACACGGUCAACAGUGCUUACCUGUCAAUCAAACAACUUGGUUUUGAGGUCCUGCAUCUCUGUUUGAAAUACGAAAUGGACAGCAGCAUCCCACAGAAGAUUGCCGAUGUUGACGAGGUGAUACUUCAAGAGUUGAAAAAGCGAGUCUUGCGAGCAAACGAGGACUGGGAGGACCACCAAUCAGCCAUGAAUGAACUCAUUCAGAUACAGCUGAAGCAACAUCGAAUCAUCCGUCCAUCAAGGAGAAUGACUUCCGCCAUGGGUGUGGGCUACGUCCGCCAGUUCAUCCUUGAGCGGUGCGACACCAUCGUCGACAAAAUCAAACUUCAAAUAUCAUCGAAAUGUGUUGACAAGAGCUUCACUUCGUCAAAGGACUCUCUUGCUGAUUUGCAUGGCUUUGUUGUUGAAUGCCUUGGUGAUAUUGGAUCUGAAUCGGUCGCAAGGCCUAAAUGAGGAGACGUUAUCAGAAAGUGUAUACAUGUACUAUGAAAUUUUUGCCAGCAAUUCAUUUUUUGCUAUUGGACUGUCAAAUGCAAACUUAAGAGGUGCAAGAAUUUCAGCUGUGUUGGAUUUAUCGUUGAAUUUCGGCUGAAAACGUGAUAUUUUGUCUGAUCUCAUCGUGGUUGACGUCACAACACUGCACUUCACCACUACGACAAUUUUCAGUGAAUUGAUUUGACCAUCAAGAUCGUAUAGAUAGAAUACAACAUCUUUACACACUGCAUAAUCAACAAACAGUUUUUGCCAACCGGUGAUUCGAAUAAUGUGUGACAUUAUUGUUGUUACAGCGUUUUUAAAAAAGCCGUAAAUAUAUUCUUCAAAUAAAGUGGUGCUAUUUUUUCCUUCUCUUGUAACAUAGUGUAAAUACAUUGAUUCAUGUGUGUGUGUCAUAUCCAAGAAUUUACCUCCUCAUCAAAAUUAUGCAAAUGUUGUGUAUUUUGUAGCGAUCACAUUGAAAUUAUGUGUAGUGAUUUUUACAAUAAAGAUAUC